AUGAACACACUGCCGCUCAUGCUCCGCGGCGCGAGUAAGAUCGGUUGGUACGAGGGAAGCGGGUUCUUUGUUAUUAUGAGCAUCCUCAACUACAAGUGGUCGGUCACGGGUAUCUACGAUGUGUACGACAAGAGCAUCGCGGGUGUCCUGACGACUCUGCUCGCGGUAGCAGGUGCAGCUUACUGGAAGAGCAAUGAUAGACCUACGGCUAUCACGCUGGGUGUUGUUGCUAUCCUGCAGGGACUUGGUGUGAGGAAUGCAUCGUACUCGCGCUUGACAUAG